AUGGCUGUCUUAAAUCUUAGUCGCUAUCAGAGCCAGCUGAAAACGAACUCUAUGCCUGAUACACAAGGCGACAACGGAACUCCCAUUACCAAGGAUUACUGUUGCUCGUUCCCGGCUCGUUGGCAGGGUCGCUGGUUCCAAUCCGGCGUGAUCCAGCCCAUCAUGAUAGACGGAGCUGUUCUCUCCAACAAGGGGAGGUGCCUCUCAUCCGAGGGGGACAAGUUCCUUAUAGUCGACGAGAAAGGUUGUUACCGCUGUGUUGUGAUGCACGAGAAACAUAUUAAUGUACUACAGUAUAAAGAAACUUUCUGUCACCGUCGCGAUGCGUUGCCCCACCUAUGUUCUUCUAUCACUGGUGAUGCGUUAUUAUAUUCUAUGUUUCGGGAAAGCGCAGAACCCGUCGACUGCCCUCUCAAAGGACCCUUCUCAUUUACUUAUAACAGGGGACAUGGUGAUUGUAAGAUCCCAGCUUCAUCUAUCGAGAGUUGUACAGAAGAUUCAAGACUGUUACUCAACUAUCAGGCGUGCCCUGAUGUUUACGGAUCAGAAAGUACAGUGGAAGAAUUAGAAUGCUUAGCGACUUGGAAGGAGGGUAGUUUGAGGUUUCUUGUGGGCAAGUUACAUCACAACCACGCCACCAGCAAUGAAGACAGAUACCGCUGCUUCGUGUACGAGAAGACAAAUGGUAUUGCAUCAGGUAGUAAUAUGAAGGAGCCAGCCCCUGGUGGGGUUGAGUAUAGAGUGGCUCAAUCAGGAGACGCCACGUGUAAUGGACUGUUCAGUGCGACAGAGGGCUCACGGACUAUGGCUUUGAAACGAGUUCGUUUCAACUGUCAGUUUCCCUCAUGGAUGACGUUCUCCCACACGUGGCAUACACUGGACUUCAGCAGUAACUACACCUUCUACCAACGUAACGCGACCCUUCGUAUCACCAAUCAAACUGGGUCAGAGAUUAAAGUAUAUUGUGUCAGUAUAAAAGCCAGUUCGCCGAGCGGCAACUCCGUCGCUUUAGUAGCGCACUGGCAACACCAUUGCGUGUCUCGUUUCGUGUGCGUGGUGUUGUAUCGUCGAGACACAUUCAUAGCGGAGUUACAGCGAGGCUCCCCGGCCGUUCGGCCAGACGACGCCUGCUCCACGCAUCACUUCAACGCUGUCACAGCUCCAUACGUCACGCUUGUGGCAAGCAAUCCCGAAUCAAAAGAGUGUCCGGAUUCAGGGAAGUACGUGAUAUCAAACAGACGUCACAAGAGAAGCGACUCGAGGAACGAUAUGGAGAGAAGUAGGAGGAAUAAUACGAUGUUCAGCUUUAAUAUAAGGAACAUGUCUGACACGAACAUGUUGAGGAGUCGCAGACACGCGGAGCUCGCGAGCUGCUCCGGAUACAACAGACUGGAGGUCGGCUGCUCGUCUACCAACAACAUGGAGUUCUACUCGAGCUGCGACAACAGAGAACUUGUUACAGCGUACACGUGUCACGGCGGCUGGUACGAGGGCGGGUCGUCGUUCGUAGUGACGACUCCAGUGACCCGGGACAGCACGGCCGCCCGCCGGUACUGCUUCGUGUCCCGGGACGCCCGCGGGACACUGUCCCUCACACGCUCACAGGAUAACUGCGAGCGGGGAGAGAGAACCAAUGUGGUCUUUGACGCUGUAUUCACUGGUAAAUGUCAAGACGAGCCCAAUUACCAGCCGUCGGUAUCACCAUCACUAUUCAUCAUCUUCAUCAUUCUCAUCACACAGCUCGUGUGGAGGUGA